ACUUCAUGAUAUUAGGACCAAACUAGAAAAUCCUUAGACCCUCAACCAAACCCAGCUCCCUCCAUGGUCUCCUCAGCUUCUCCUUUUUGCCAUCCUUGAAUUCAUCCACCUGCAGAAUUUGUCUUACAAAAAUGCAAGCCAUCUUCUAUGUCUAAACAAAUGCAAAUUUCAGUACCAAUAAGAGCCCCAACAUGGGUCUCAACAAGAAGGAUCUUUCAACAAAAAUUACAAGACCUUCACAAAUGUACAAACUUAAACCACAUAAAACAAGUUCAUGCCCAAAUCCUCAAACAAAAUCUCCACCAAGACCUUUAUGUAGCGCCCAAGUUAAUUUCAGCUUUCUCUCUUUCUCAAGAAAUGACUUUAGCUAUUAAUGUUUUCAAACAAAUCCCUGACCCUAAUGUCCACUUGUAUAAUACUUUUAUAAGAGCCUGCGUGCAAAAUUCCCAUUCUUUACUGGCUUUUGAAACUUUCUUUGAAAUGCAAAGGAAUGGGCUUUUUGCUGAUAAUUUUACGUACCCUUUUCUUUUAAAGGCUUGUGAUGGACAGUCUUGGUUGCCUCUUGUGAAAAUGAUACAUAACCAUUUGGAGAAAUAUGGGUUUUUUCAGGAUUUGUUUGUGCCCAAUUCACUUAUUGAUAGUUACUGUAAAUGUGGUUUGUUGGGUGUGAAGUCUGCAAUGAGGUUGUUUAAGGUGAUGAAUGAAAGAGAUGUGGUUUCUUGGAAUUCUAUGAUUGGAGGGUUAUUGAAAGUAGGGGAAUUGAGUGAAGCUUGCAAACUGUUUGAUGAAAUGCCCAUCAAAGAUGCUGUUAGUUGGAAUACAAUACUGGAUGGGUAUGUGAAGGCAGGAGAGAUGAAUAAAGCGUUUGGAUUGUUUGAGAGCAUGCCAGAGAGGAAUGUGGUGUCGUGGUCGACGAUGGUUUCCGGUUAUUGUAAAGCAGGAGAUAUGGAAAUGGCUAGAAUGUUGUUUGAUAGAAUGCCGGUCAAGAACUUGGUUUCUUGGACUAUAAUUGUAUCUGGCUACGCUGGAAAGGGGCUAGCAAAGGACGCCAUAAGAUCGUUUGAGCAAAUGGAGGAGGCCGGUUUGAAGCCUGAUGAUGGCACAGUUAUUAGCAUAUUGGCUUCUUGUGCAGAGUCUGGUCUCCUUGGUUUAGGGACGAGAGUUCAUACUUCUAUUGAGAGGAUUAGGUACAAGUGCAGUGUUAAUGUGUCUAAUGCAUUGGUUGACAUGUAUGCAAAGUGUGGUCAGGUGGACAGGGCGCUAAGUGUGUUCAAUGGGAUGUCAAAAAAAGAUUUGGUCUCAUGGAAUUGCAUGCUCCAAGGGUUAGCCAUGCAUGGGCACGGUGAGAAAGCGCUACAGCUCUUUUCUAUAAUGAGGCAAGAAGGGUUCAGGCCUGAUAAAGUUACAUUGGUUGCUGUUUUGUGUGCUUGUGUUCAUGCAGGCUUUGUUGAUGAGGGAAUUCGAUACUUUAAUAAUAUGGAGAGGGAUUAUGGCAUUGUUCCCCACAUUGAGCAUUAUGGUUGCAUGGUGGACCUUUUGGGUCGUGGAGGUCGUCUUAAAGAAGCUUAUAGGCUUGUGCAAAGCAUGCCAGUAGAACCAAAUGUUGUUAUUUGGGGUACCCUUUUGGGGGCCUGUAGAAUGCAUAAUGCUGUGGGACUUGCAGAGGAGGUACUAGAUUGCUUGUUUAAGCUGGAACCAUCAGAUCCUGGUAAUUAUUCUCUGUUGUCAAAUAUUUUUGCAUCUGCGGGAGACUGGAGCAGUGUUGCCAAUGUAAGGCUGCAAAUGAAAAACUUUGGAAUACAGAAACCAUCAGGGGCUAGUUCCAUUGAGGUGGAUGAUGAGGUCCAUGAAUUUACAGUAUUUGAUAAAUCACACCCGAAAUCAGAUAAAAUUUAUCAAAUGAUUAACAGACUGGGUCUGGACCUGAAGCGAGUUCACGUUGUCCCAAAGGUAUACCUGUAGGGGUUGGUUGUCUUUGGCUCAACUGGAAGCAUUGCUAAACAACUGUAUUCAUUUCCUCAUUUGAAGCGUAGGAAACACUGUUUUGGGGAUGCACAAAAUGCAUAAUGCUGGGGCCUGUAGGAGUUGUAGAGGAGAUACUAGAUUCCAUGAUAACGUUGGAACCAUCAGAUCUGGAUGAUCUCUUUGCCAGAUAUUUUUGUCUCUGCAGGUGAUCAGAACUGUGUUUCCAAUGCAUCGGUGGAAGCUAUGCUUCACCAAUGAGGUCUGUCAAUUUACUUGUAUUUUGGAAAAUUAUACUGUGAAUCAUAGAAAACUUAUCGUGAUUCAGAGAUUUAUCAGACCCUAAAGGGAGUCAGCUAGUUCCAUCAUGUACCUGCAGAAGUAGAUGGGCUUUAUGUUCAGAUGGAUUCUUUGCUAAACUGUAGCAAUGUUUUCUAAUCUUGGUACAUAUGCAAGACUUGUUCAAACUGUUACUGUGAUCUGUUAACCACAUUUCUAUAUGAAUGUCUAUCAUCUUUGAUGCAAGAUACUGACCUUUUGCUGUUAUGCUGAUACUCAUUUUGGCUAGGACAAUAGUGACGUCUUGGAUAGCCCAUGUGUAAGCACGGGGACUUAGUAGCAACAGUGUUCAUUGUUACAAAAAAAGUAUUGAAGGAAAAACUAUGCAAGAUUACCCGCCCCAAAAUCCUGCUUAAAUAAAACACAACCAAGCUUAAACAAAACCUAUCAACUUUGGAUGUAAUGUUGUUUUUGUUCUGGCAUAAAAACUUAACUAUUACAGUUAGAUUUAGAAAUCUUUGAAAGAUAGAAGAUCUCAAAGAAAAGGAAUUAAAGAUAGAAACACCAAAAUUAGAAAUGUAGGAAAAUCAGCUGAGCAAUUGCAGUCUGCAUUGACAAUAAACCCAUAUAACUUCUCAUGCCAUACUAAGAAAAUAAUCCUUAUGAUUUGUUCCCAAACAAAUUCAGCAGUAUGAUGACAUCAAGGAAGGUGAACACCAUCCUGAAUUCUCAUCCUGGUGUCAGGUUACUCUGGCUAUAAAGCAGGAAAAGCAGGUCCUGCCUCAAACAGGCUGUGAACUUGCCUAGAAUGUAGGAGCUUUUUGGAAACUCCGAUAGAUGUUUAAAGAUGAGCAUUGCUGAAGCCUGCAUGACCAGAGCUUGGUAGCAGGCAAUGUCAAGCCUCUAUCGAACUCUACCAGGAAGAGUUGAAGAAAGUAGCCCAGGAAGAGUUGAAGAAAGUAGCGAUUGCAGUUCAGAAUGAAGAUAAUGGUAAGGAAAAUAAUAAACAGUAGUUCCAGGUAAGCUUGCAACUUUAUCUGAAAAAUAUUCUUGGACCAUUUAUGGGAUAGUGUUAACAUGUUUAUUCAAAUGACCUUAUCCUAUGAAGGCUAUUACAUUUUCUAUCUCAGUCAAAUGACUUGUUUUUAUUUAUAGUACAAAUGACCUUAUCCUAUAAAGGCUAUUACAUUUUCUAUCUCAGUCAAGUGUUGCUAUGUUUUUGUGAUGCUAUCUUUUGCCAUUUAGGGUAUUCUUGAAAUGUUAAUUAACUGGUAAAAUUUAAAUAUAGAUUUACAAAUUGAGACAGUGAUUGGUUGAAUGCUUCUUGAAGUGCAUGCUGUUUUGGUCCUACCAAUAUAGCAUUUCAGAGAGUGAAAUAUGAUUGGCUGAUUGCUUGGCUUUGAGAUGCAGUUUUUUGAGAUAGAUAUAUCGUGUUUUUCUUCCUGAUAUGUUUUUCCUGUAUUUUGUGCUUUGCCAUAAAGAAUUAGUUUGCUAGCCUGGUGUUCUUUUCCUUUUACUUCCAAGCUCUAUCAAAACUGUAACAUCUAAAUUGUUAUUGCAUUGUUGCUUCAGUUCAAAUUCUGUGUUGUUAUUUUGGUAUUGACAAUCGCAAACUAAUAUCCAUAAACUUUUUACUGAAUUUUGAAUCUGAACAUUAUUCGCACUGCACAUAAUAUAAGAUUGAUGAGUUUUAGAAUUAAACACAAAACUACACACAUCUUAAACACCAGCUUAAUUUGUAAAUGGAAUCUUUUACGUGGGUAAAUUAGGAUAUACAGGAUCACCUAUUUUUGGGCUGAGGUUUAAAUGGUUAAAAAAUCAAACCUUGAAUUUAAAUUUGAUUUCAUAUUUCAGGCCAAUAAUUAGGUUAACUGAAACAAGCCUGAUGUUUAUGAAGGAUUGAUGUACAGUGUUCACAUGUUUAUGAAGGAUUUAACAUGCCAAAGUUAACUUAGCCACGAAAUCGCUGGAAUGUACAGAUUGGCAUGCUACUUGUGAACCCUUAUGCUUUGUCACAUGUGGAAAAUAAAGAUGGCAAUAGGAGUACUUUUAGCACUCAAGAGAUUACAAAUGCAAGCUAUAAAACUAGUUAGGCAUUUUUUUAAUCAUGUUUGUUUCUUUGGAUUCAUGACCAAAUUAAGGGUUUGUAAAGCAUAUAAUGCAUCUGUUGCUGCUGAUUUUUGGUGCAAUAUUAGGUACUGAACUGAUUUAUAGAAGAAAAAAAAAACUAAAUUAGAUAAUGCAACUCAUUCUUAUCUGGGAUUGUGGGGAACUUUCUAUCUCAUUCACAUAUCAGAUUCUGGCCCCAUCAGAUGGAUUUGAGCUUCUCUCUAGUAUAUAUAAUUAUUAUAAUUAUUUUUUUCACAUGGUUGAUGAUUUGAGAUUUUUCAAUGACAGAUUCAUUUAGAGCUUUAUUAAGUUGUUUGCUGUGUUUGCAGGAAUGGGAACUGAAUUUCUGUAUAAGAUGCUUUUAGUUCCAUUAUGUACUAAGGAGGACCCGAGGUUUUACAGAUUUGAAUGAACCUUUCCAGGUUGAGGAAGAAUAUGGUGGCAAGGUUACCUUCUCUAAAGAGGAUAUACAAGGGCGGGAAUCAUCUGCAAAUUCAUGCUCCUUCGAAUGUUUGGCAAAGGUAGUUUCUCAAAGAACCCUCUAAAGAACAGGAUGAGGGAAUCAGCCAAUAUAAUCUGAAUUUAGAUAAUGAAUGGAGAAAGGCAGACAAACUUUUUAACCUUAAUGCUGGCCAAACAAGCACAAGACUCUCAGUAGAAGAUUGUUACACCUCAAAUCACUUGGCAGAAUGACACAAGAAGGAAUAAAAGAGAACAUUAGCAGCAAGAAGAUAUGUUAGCAGACUGCAACAUGAAGGCUUGAAGAUGAAGAAGUAGGGAACGCGUGAGCCAGGGGUCAUGCCAGUUAAUUAGUUAGAGUUAGUUGAUCAUUGUAGCCGUAUAUAAAGAACAAUUGUAUUCCUUGUAUGGCAAUAAGAAAACACGGAAGAUUAUUCUCAAUUCUCUGUUCUCUCUUCUUUCGGUUCUUUCUCAAAUUCUGUUCUCUCUUCUUUCUCAAUCUUGUUAAGCUGGGCUUAACAUUUUUAUGGAGAAUAUUUGCCUACACAAAAACCCAGGGAAACCAUUUUCAACCACAAGAGGUGCUUCAAGUUCACUGCUCGACAGAUAACUGGCUGGAAACACGACACAUCAGUACUGGAAAACCUACAAAAAGUCCCACUAACCCAAAUGAUCGUCCAGGUGUAGCUUUCACGUCAGUUGUGCUGUUUAUGCCAUGUGUAAAGAGUCGUAUCCAUUGGCCCCUACCUAGCUAGAAAGAAACAUCAGAGACUCAACUUGGUUGGAAUUGGAUGGGACUGAUCAGAUCACCUUGUGGUUCAGAUUAAACCUCACAUUUGGAUCAUUCUCUACUAUCCAAUUCCAAUAUCAUAUUCAUUUGGUGGUACACCAAGAAAGAAUUAAGAAGAAGAAGAAAGAAAGAGAGCAUGGAAGCCUGCUUUCUCACCUCAAACUCCUUCACCAAGACCUUGGAACUUAUCCCUUCAAUCAAAGCUAGAGUUCUCUCAUAUCCCAAGAGAAGUUCUAAUACAUUUCAGAGCAAAAGAGUUGCUCUCUCCACUUCCAUAACAUGUUGCCACAUGCGACCACCAUCACCAUCUGCUGAUGACUGUCGGCCUUUACUUGAAGCUGACUGGAGAUCGUUUAGAGCAAGAUUGGUUGCCAAUGAACAAGCACUGAGGCCCACUGAACCUUCCUCAACAGCAGACCCUGAUAUUGUUGUGGAUCAGCAGCCACCACAAAUCACAAUUGGGGACAAAUGGGCUCAUACCAUCCAUGAACCUGAGAAAGGUUGCCUGCUGAUUGCCACAGAAAAGCUUGACGGGGUCCACAUUUUCGAACGGACGGUCAUCCUUCUCUUGUCAAGUGGGCCAGCGAGCCCAUAUGGCAUCAUACUCAACCGGCCGUCCCUCAUGUCGAUCAAGGAAAUGAGAUCAACGGCGCUUGAUGUCGCGGGGGCGUUCUCCAAUAGGCCACUGUUCUUUGGCGGGCCAUUAGAGGAAGGGUUGUUUCUAGUCAGUCCAGAGAGGGGUUAUGAUAACGAUAGGGUGGCCAAGAGUGGGGUUUUCGAAGAAGUGAUGAAGGGAGUGUACUAUGGGACUAGGGAGAGUGCUGGUUGCGCAGCUGAAAUGGCGAGGAGGAAUGUAGUUGGGCUCGGCGAUUUCAGGUUCUUUGAUGGAUAUUGUGGGUGGGAGAAAGGGCAGUUGAAAGAGGAAAUACAAUCUGGUUAUUGGGCUAUAGCAGCUUGUAGCCCAAGUGUGAUUGGUCUUAACAAGGAAGGGACUGUUGGGCUUUGGGAGGAGGUUCUCUGGCUUAUGGGCCUAAAAAAUGUCUGCUGAGAGAACUUGUCUGAAUUGGGCAUAUAAGCUUGUAAAUGGGACUGCCAAGAUCACAAUAGGAUUAUUUUAUUUUAUUUUA